AGGAGGAGGUGGAGGAGGAGGAGGAGGCGCCGCCUUCCCCGCGCCGCGCGCCCUCGCCGUUGUCUUCUCUCCGCUCUGGACCAGUUUGGGGAAGUUGCCGGGGCCCCGUGUCGCCCAGAUGUGCGACCUCAUUGAGCCCCAGCCGGCCGAGAAGAUCGGCAAGAUGAAGAAGUUGCGGAGAACUUUGUCGGAGAGUUUCAGCCGCAUUGCUUUGAAGAAAGAUGACACCACCUUUGAUGAGAUAUGUGUCACAAAGAUGUCCACACGGAACUGCCAGGGAAUGGACUCAGUGAUCAAACCCCUGGACACAAUUCCUGAGGAUAAAAAAGUCAGGGUUCAGAGGACACAGAGCACUUUUGACCCAUUUGAGAAGCCAGCUAAUCAAGUGAAGAGGGUGCAUUCCGAGAACAAUGCUUGCAUUAACUUUAAGACCUCCUCCACCGGCAAAGAGUCGCCAAAAGUCAGGCGGCACUCCAGCCCCAGCUCGCCAACAAGUCCCAAAUUUGGAAAAGCUGACUCAUAUGAAAAACUGGAAAAACUAGGGGAAGGAUCUUAUGCUACAGUAUACAAAGGGAAAAGCAAGGUAAAUGGGAAGUUGGUAGCCCUGAAGGUGAUCAGGCUGCAAGAAGAAGAAGGUACACCUUUUACAGCUAUAAGGGAAGCUUCUCUGUUAAAAGGACUAAAACAUGCUAACAUAGUGCUGCUUCAUGACAUCAUCCACACCAAGGAGACCCUGACACUUGUCUUUGAAUAUGUGCACACUGAUUUAUGUCAGUACAUGGACAAGCACCCUGGGGGGCUGCAUCCAGAUAAUGUGAAGUUGUUUUUAUUUCAGUUGCUGCGAGGGCUGUCUUACAUCCACCAGCGUUAUAUUUUGCACAGAGACCUGAAACCACAGAACCUUCUGAUCAGUGACACGGGGGAGUUAAAGCUGGCAGAUUUCGGUCUUGCAAGAGCAAAAUCUGUCCCUAGCCACACAUACUCCAAUGAAGUGGUUACCUUGUGGUAUAGACCUCCAGAUGUCCUCCUGGGCUCGACAGAAUAUUCCACCUGCCUUGACAUGUGGGGAGUCGGCUGCAUCUUUGUUGAAAUGAUCCAGGGAGUUGCUGCUUUUCCAGGAAUGAAAGACAUUCAGGAUCAACUUGAACGAAUAUUUCUGGUUCUGGGAACACCAAAUGAAGACACGUGGCCUGGAGUUCAUUCUUUACCACAUUUUAAGCCAGAACGCUUUACCCUGUACAGCUCUAAAAACCUUAGACAAGCAUGGAAUAAGCUCAGCUAUGUGAAUCAUGCAGAGGAUCUGGCCUCCAAGCUCCUACAGUGUUCUCCAAAGAACAGACUAUCGGCACAGGCCGCCUUGAACCAUGAGUAUUUUAGUGACCUGCCCCCUCGGCUAUGGGAACUGACCGACAUGUCUUCUAUUUUUGCUGUCCCAAAUGUAAGACUGCAACCAGAAGCUGGAGAAGGCGUGCGGGCCUUUGGGAAAAACAACAGUUAUGGCAAAAGUCUAUCAAAUAGCAAACACUGAUGAGCACAGCGUUCUCAAGAGAGCACAGGAUUAAGUUGUCAUCAUUCUGGGAAGAAAAAAAACAUUAAUGAAGUGGCCAAUAAUACGAAGGGAAUCUUGGGUCAGUUUCCUUUCACUCCCCGUGGUAGAUUUCAUUUACAAGAAAAUUGAAGCUGGCAAGACCUUGUUUUCUCUGCAAUUUAUUUAAAACCUUGCACACAUUUGGAUACCUUGUGAUUUCCGAGAACUAUGUGAAGAUUAAGCUUUGCUUACUGAUACGUGGCAUGUAUUCUUUUCAGUCUUUUGUGUUUGAUUUUGUUUGAUUUCCCUCUGCAGCGCAGCGUCUCUGGAAAGGUUUUUAUGCUUUCACCAGCCAUGUCUUAAAUACAUUAAGACAACACAUUUGGUGUUCACACUUCUUCAGUAAUGUCUGUACUUGAAAGCCACAUAGUGGCAUAAAACAAUGUGUGUUUUCUUUGAGAGCAGUGCACAGUUUGCAACCACUAGGAAGGAAAUUUUUAGCUGAAGUAAACCCAUGUUUUCUGACUGACUUGACAACUUGGUCCCUGGCUGUGGGGCUCCCUUUGUCCUUCCCUUUUGAGGACAUUUGCAAAUGUGGUUUUUUUCUCGGAAAUAACUGCACAUUUACAUAGGAUAUUGGAAUCUGCUUAGCAUUCUCUAGCCACAUAGCAUGACUGUUUUUUGUGUAGGUUGGAAGUGAAGAAACAAAUACCAAGCAUUAAGAACAAAGGCAGGGAUAAAUUGCUUACUUUUCAACCUCUGGAAAUUGAGAUAACUUUUUACAUGUUUUCUGGGUCUUGUCAACAUCUUAUUUUCUCCAUCUACUCUGUUACACUUUGUGAGUAUUUUCUAAAUGGAGAAAAGAGUGAGGAACAGAAUGUUUAAAACUUGGAUGCAAAAGAAUUGUGUCCGCUGGAUGAGCUGUGAAAGCCAUCUUUGUUAGUUAACAUUUAAAUAGUAAAUUACGAAGUUAUCCAGAGUUAAAAAUUUGCUCAUUUACAUCAAAGCACCUUCAAAUUACAUUUUUUAAAACAU